UCGCCACACUCUGCACCACCGUAAGCCCUAACUAUGCAACGGCCACACCGACUUUGCUUAAGGGAAAUGCCUUGCCCGCCAUCGCAUCGCAUCAUCGGCCACCCGAUGAUGCACGUAGUACUAUAUGCUGACGGCGCACGAAGAAGGCGUCCAGAGGGCAAAAGGCCAUCUACUUCAUAAAGCCCCGGUUAUUGCAGCGCACCACGCUGUGAGCUCUACCCCAAUGCCCAUCUAAUCUUCCUCUCUGCCGAUGGCAUUGACAACGCGUCAAGUCGCCGUAAUAGCCGUGGGCGGAGUCUGCGUGCUCAUAUCUACGCUCGCCGUCCUCUGUCGAGCAUUAGGUCGCAGGAUCACACGCACACAAUGGCAACUCAACGACUAUCUCAUGCUACUUGCAUAUUUCUUCGCCCUAGGAUUCGUCGGCACUUCUAUCGCUAUGACGACGGAUAACUACGUCGGCGCUCACGUCGCUGACAUUCCAUCCACCGAUCUCGCAGAAGUCAUGGUGCACAAUAGACAAAACAUCAUCAUAGCCUGCCUCCUCUUCACCCCCUGCACCGUCCUUGUCAACCUCUCCAUCACGCACUUCUACACGCGCAUCUUCCCGCAGGCCUGGCUCGUCCGCACCUGCAAGCUGCUUAUGGUGUUCUACGUCUUCUACGAGCUCGCAGCCAUCACGACGUGCUUUCUGCUCUGCCGCCCGCUGGCUGGGCUCUGGGACCCUGCUAUCACGCACGCGAAAUGUCUCGAUAUACGCAUGUUUUGGACGGUGGGGAGUGCGGGGUGCUUGGGGUUUGAUCUGACGACGUUGGCGCUGCCGAUGCCGGUGCUGUGGGGGCUGAGGAUGCCGGAUUGGAGGAAGAAGGUGAGGCUGACGGUGUUGUUUGGGUUGGGGGUUGUGUAAGUGUGUUUUCUGUCGCUUCUUCUUCUUCUUCUUCUUCUUCUCGGGUAUGGGAUGGGGGUCAUGAGGGCGAACUACCUGCUAACGUCGACGCGACUUUAUAGC